UUCAGAUGGUAUAAAUAGCUCGGCAUAAAUACGAGCGGAAAGAAAUCAUUUAGUAAUAUUCGUUGCAGUUUGUGAUUCACGACAAUGUCGCCCGCUUACCUUUUUAUUUUACCUCUUAUCUUAUUUAAUUACAUAAAUUGUGCUCAUUUCCAACUAAAACAUCGUGGUUUUGAAGAAAUCGUUACACAACAAUUCAAUACUUGGAAAACCACAUUCAACAAAUCUUACAAUUCUGAAUAUGAAUUUCAAUUUCGAUUCAAAAUAUUUACCGAAAAUCUACAUUUCAUCACGGUUCAUCAAGAAAACUACGAAAAAGGGCUAUUAACUUAUAACGUGGGUUUAAAUCAAUUUGCUGAUUUAUUAAACGGUGAAUUUGUGCAGCAAAUGAAUGGAUAUCUAAUGAGGGAUGAAAACGAAGUUGACUCAAACGAUGAAAUCACAUUUUUACCCCCGGAAAAUGUUGAUUUACCAUUAUGGGUGGAUUGGAGAAAAAAAGGAGCUGUUACUGAAGUUAAAGAUCAAGGGGAUUGUGGCUCAUGUUGGGCUUUUAGUGCGACUGGAUCAUUAGAAGGCCAAAAUUUUCGUAAAACCCAUAAAUUAAUUUCAUUAAGCGAACAAAACUUGGUAGAUUGUUCAGAAAAAUUCGGCAACCAUGGUUGUGAUGGUGGCUUAAUGGACAACGCUUUUAAAUAUAUUAAAUACAACCACGGAAUUGACACUGAAGAUUCAUAUCCGUACGAUGGCGAAGAAGAAUCGUGCAGAUACAAUCCAAGUCAUUCAGGAGCGAGUGAUAAAGGAUUCGUUGAUAUUAGAUCAGGAAAUGAAACCGCUUUACAAGCUGCUGUAGCAACUCUUGGACCAAUUUCCGUUGCGAUCGAUGCGAGUCACCCAGGUUUUCAAUUUUAUAAACACGGCGUUUAUUAUGAACCAACUUGUAGUGCUAAGUAUUUGGAUCACGGUGUCUUAGCUGUUGGAUAUGAUCGGGAUCAAAAAACUAAAUUGGAUUAUUGGAUCGUUAAAAAUUCAUGGGGGGAAACUUGGGGUGAUAAAGGAUACAUUUUAAUGGCAAGAAAUAAGGGAAAUAACUGCGGAAUUGCUACAGCUGCAAGUUAUCCGUUAGUUUAAAAAUAUCACUUUUUUGAUCAAAUAAUGAUAGAGUUAAAGAAAAAUUUAGUUUUUGUAUUUUUUUUUUAACCAAAUAUACAAGGUUACGCAUUUAUAAGUAUAUCCUUUUAUGUUUAAAGAUUUAGAUUAACUUAAUAAUAAGAUAUUAAUAAUUAAGAUAGAACAAUACAUAUUUUUUGUAGUUUAUUUUUAUUCAAUAAAAUUGUAUCUAUAAUGAAAUUUUUAAAUCGUACAAUAUUUACCUUACAUACGUUUGUUAAAUCAUAAAAUGCUACUUUUCACGUAAGUUUUUUAUUAACUAAAUAUUCUAAGACAAAGAACAAACGAAAUAUAUUACACUGACUUCUAUAAAAAUACAAACAAUAGUCUACUCUCCGCGUUUAUUAAUUCUCUUUUUCGAUUAACCCUUUCAAAGCUACAGAUGCCUAAAUGCAGCUAAUCUCAGCCACAUAGCUGCUAAGCACCUCAAAGGGGACUGGCUGCAUUAUUACAGCGUAAAAAGGGUUAAUCUAAUUUUUACACCAAUAAAAGAUGAUAAUACGAACAAAAAAUUUAUUCCAUUUUUAAAUGAUAUAAACUAAAACAUUUAUUUUUCUUGCUUUUGUUA